CCACUCCAACCAAAUCAAACUAGCCUCCCAGUUAACAAAAGAAACAUUUGCAAUUUUUAGCAAGAAAAAACAAUGAGGAGUUUCCCAAACAUACCAAACCACAAGAUGUCAACAAUAAUGGAGUCUCAGACACGGCAUCCAUGGCGUUCACCGGUCCCUUACCUAUUCGGUGGUUUAGCCGCGAUGCUUGGACUCAUAGCCUUUGCUCUCUUGCUACUCGCCUGCUCCUACUGGUCAUUCUCACGGCGGACAAACAGUGAAGGUGACGGCGAGAAACAGACGGAGUCCGGUGAAAAGGUGACGGCAAAGGUUUUCGAGGAGAAGAUUCUUGUGAUCAUGGCUGGACAAAACAAACCAACCUUCUUGGCCACACCUGUCCUGGCCAAGACUUGCAUGUCAAGCGCAGAAUGCGUAAUUACGGAGGACAAAGAAGGGCAAAAUGGAGAAUCCACGGAAAUAAAAGGGUCGUUGUUUUCUCCUGAUGAAGAAAACCAGUGAGCUCUGUACUCUAGAGUGUUUUUAUUUUGUCGUUUCUGUCGCCCUCUGUUUUUUGUUCCUUUUUUGGUUGUUGUUGGAAUUAUUUUCCUCUGUUUUUCUCGACCAUGAUAUUAUUGUAAAGCUUCAUUAGAUUAGUAAAUGUUAACAAAAGUUUGACAAA